UGGCGUGUGUCGCGACGCCUCGUGCUCGAGAACCAGUGCCAACCGAAAGCGGUUCGAGCCGCGAUUCCUCGCAAGGAACGUAAACUCGAUAUUCACAGACGUCUUAAAGCCCAUGAGAAUAACUUUAUACACGCGAUUAUCGUUGAAAGGAUCGAUAAUAUUAACGCGUCGCAAGUGUUCAAAUUUAAGAGCGUUUUCCCACGUCGCUUGCGAAGAACGCGUAGUAGCCAGGAUGUAGACAGACCUGGUUCACGCAGUCAACGACGCGUCAACUAUGCCAACAAACUAUCGUCUCGCGUUUACAGGCAACGCGAAGUAUUUUUCAAGAAAUAAGACACGAUCCAACUUGUGGUAUUUCAUAAGGACGUCGGAACCGAUCGGAGCAUCCAACGCUGAUCGAAAAUUUCGGUGCAUUUUCUCGAGCAUCGGCUAACGAAAGUGGCGCAAAAGAGAAGUCGGUGGAGCUGGCAGGCAACGCAACGUCAUCGGGCCUGGUCAGCGUCGCGACGCCUCGUGCACGUUCAGUGCGAGGCUGUCGGUCGCGUGGCGAAGCUACCCUCGCUCUCCGGCAAGUUAAUCGACGAGGACACGUGGGUCGCGCGUCAAAUCGAUCGAUCAUAUCCGUGAUCGAGCUUCGACGGAAACACAGGCUGAGGCAACACGGUGUACAUACGUGCACGGCGAGGAAGAAUCACGGUGACCAGGGUCGGAGAUAACGAGCGUUGGCUGACAAAAGGCCUUGACGCUGCGCGACACACACACACACACACACCACUACCACACCCGUCCACCCGUGAAUAUUUCAAUACCGCAUCGAUCUAGCGCAUAGUCGACACACGUGUGUCUCGCGAUCGCGUCUCUCUGUAUGACUUUUCCGUUUGAUUUGUAACUCCGCAACUCGGUUUACCCGUGUGUCGCCUGUCCGUCAACCACGCAGCGGACUAAUCAGCAGGUACUACCUCGUCAGGACAAGUUCACCAACCAAGUAUCUCGUCAUGUUUUGUGAAUUGUGGCGUGGAAUUAUUAUGGUCGAACGAACGAUUAACGGUGCCAUUCUCGGCUCGUAAAUGUGCUCGUGCAUCUGUUCCGCUGUGUUCCAAUCCCUAUAGACCGCAGUGAAGUAGAUCUGUGUACACCUGGACAGCCAUUCAACGCCUCCGUUCCUACUUUACCUCGAAAUCCUAGUAUAUAGCUAUAUGUACGUUGAUCAUCGAGUUUCACGAUCAUCGACUCGACUAUUCUUGUUUCGUGUUUACUACAAUAUAUUAACAAAGUACCGAUUGCCAGGAAUCUUAUCCUUCUGGUUCGCUGUUUUUACACGCUUCGCUCUGUAUUUUUGAGUAGACGUAGAACCAAAUCAUAGUAGUAAGAUUAAUGCCAGUAAGCUGGUCCUGGUGACUCAUCCUGUUCGUUAUUUGAAUGCGUUAAAUGUAGCUGUUGGAAGGUUCAGCGUGGACCAUGUAUGACGGCACUGAACGUGUUAACGAUCGUUCUUCGUAGCCGAUAACCGAUGAUUGUUGCUUGCUGUCCGCUUUCCAUGUUGAGAAAGCCGGCGUGUAUGCGCACGGUGUCUUUCUGUGACAGACAAACGAAAGCAACCGAAGGUGGCUCUUCGUUACGAUCGCGAUCGUACAGUCGUGUACUUUUUUACUCAUAGCGAAGCGUCGAGCUCGAACAACCUCGAAAUAAGACGCGGCCCUUCUUAACUCUCGACUUGUACGGAAAAACACAGUUCGUUUUGCCUCGCAACUUUCUCCAGCCUAACGAUGUAACGCGACGUACCGAACUGUUACCCAUCGACCGCAGACUAGUUCGUAAAACACCGCGCCAAGUUCUAGGAAGAAGAAGGUCCUUCGUUCGCGAUGCUCGUUACUUCUGUGCCAGUCGAACGGAAUUGUAAGAUGGAGCGUAAUCGCGCGUUUCAAUGCUUCUCUUUUGUAUAUGCAAAAGGUAACUAGCUCGCAAUGUCAAAGGUAUUUUGUCCGAUGGAGCAUAAGGAAUACGCGUUUCGCGAAGAAAGGGACUCGAUUCUCUUCUUCGCGCGACGAAGGAUUCGCUAGGGAGACUGUAACUUCGUUUUUCGAAAGUCAAAGGGAAAGGGACGAAUGCUGCUUCUUAAAUGUUUUAAUUAAAAAAUAGAAGUUGCUGCGCGGAUAGUUGUUCGCCAUAUAUCUUUUAACCUAUUUGCAAUGACAGCAGUGGCGUGCAGUUUGUAAGACAGUACGACAGCGUUUAAACGCGUAGUUGGCUGAGCGCAACCCAAACUACGUACAUUCUCGCAAAAACUGAAUAACGUUUAUCUAUUACGAUUAGCAUAUUCAGAGGCAAAGUAAAAAAUGUUCUCCCACGAGAGAAAAGAAUUCUGCUUACGGAGGAUUCAACGUUUAAACUCGAAUAAUAAACUUUGAAUCUUCCACAACGACCUCGUCCCUAUCUGCCACAGUUUUCAGGAAACGUGAAACGGUAUCUUCGACUACAGUUUGUCCAUUUCUUAUCCCGAGUUUUCUCCUUUCGAAUAAAUCGGUCUUAAACGAUCGACGAAAAUUAUUCAAACACCUGCAACGGAUCGAACCUGUUAACAAAUAUUGUAGGAGCCAGGUUCGCACAAGUACGAUCGACGUUGCAGGUCGAGCCGCAUGUAUCGAGCUCUCGAACGCCUCUGCCGUUUCCCGUUUCACCGACUGCGCCGUAAACAGCGAACGCUAUCGUGACAAGACAGUCCUCCUUGCGGCUGCGGCAGAUCAAUCGAAAGGCUCGAGUAUUAAAGUCAGCGUCGCAGGGUCGGCCAAACAGUCCUCCCCUAGCGUGGAGGGCACGUCCGCGUUGCCUGUACCUCGACGUCACGGGUCACGACGUGUCGCGACGUAGUGUUCGCGUCGCGGAUACAUCGCGGUGUCAGGAAAUCCAAUCACGGUCUCUCGAUUCGCUUGGAAAUCGGCGUCUCGGGAUACCGGAAAUUUCGAAUGACGCGCGAGACGGAUCGUGAGAGUUUCCGACGAGUUUCGACAGGCAAACGGGGAUCGAAGGGUCGCCGUUGAAUCCAACAUGGGUAACGUGUCUUUAUUAGAACGUAAACGAGGAUCCGCGAUUCUCGCGUGACACGCGAUACCGUUAUUGCCGAGGUGUAAUUAUAAUUCUAGACCUUGAGGUUUGUUGGUGAGCUAAAUCGAGCGUGGUUAGAUCGUCUUCGCGGCACAGGUUGGCUCGACCAACUUUGUAAAUCGUCGCGUUCUUCUUGUGAUCUCAUUCCGCAUGAUCUUGGGCUUUUUUCGCUUAUGAUCGGACGAUACUUGGACGAGGGCGGGAAAUGUUAGAUUCAGGUGGACGUACGAUGGUAACUCGCCAACUGGACGGAGAAAGAGUUCGAGAAAUUAGUUAUCUUGGAGCACGCCAAGCAAGGCGGUAGGGCUUUCGAUUAAACGAGAUUCGUGGCGCGUAUAAACUGUCGAUGUAAUCGCGUUUUUUUCAGUAACCGAACUCGAGACGAAAUUGUCGCGUGGCUACCGUGUCGAAAGAAAAGUAGAAGAAAAGCUGUGCAUGACGCUAGUGGGUAAUUCCGAAGGACGAGUAAAGUAGCACGAAUAAAAGUUUACGCUCUGCUGACGAUUCGUUAGACACGAGAAAUCCUCGUUUUCGAAGUUGGCUGGGAGAAGGACGAAAGCGACGGCAAAGCGAAAUGACUCGAACGCAUCAGGAUGCGUUGAAUUCCUUCAAAAUUCGGUCCUUUCCUAAUUAAUCGCGUUUCCUCGCGGCAAGUUUUCGAGAUCGAAGGUUCAACGAACAAGUGUAAUCGUUCAGAUGGACCGUUGUUCUCGCGACCGAAGCUCGACGGCGACGGUUCUUUGGCUUAUCGAAAGAGUAUCGAUGAGAACGCGCGGGUCUGGACUCGUUUCGUUCUCUCGUGAAAAGUGAAAGAAUAAAAAGAAACGUCGGAAAGUAAAGACGGAAGAAACCGGAAUCGCGUACGGGGUACUAAGAGAAGAAACACGGUUAAACGUAAGGAAGCUGCCUAGGGACGCUUUCGUGAUCGUCGAGCACCGUCACCACCACCACCGGCGUUGCUUUCCAUACGCUGUAAAGCUCCAAAAAACCAACUACUCCUUGGACUUGAAAACAUCUCGAAACAAUUACAUCGCUCGGCCACCACGUGCUACGGUGAACAAAAAAUAGAUAAGAAUAAGAAAAUUAAAAGCAAAGUAAAGAAAAGAGAAUAAAACAAAGUAGCGGGAAAACGCGCGAGAACCAGACGUUCCUCCCUGUUCGUUACUUGUCUUUGUCACACUGUACCUGUCUGUUUCACACACUUGUCAGUCAUGAAUCUUAUGUUCCGCAAGAACUUCGGCGAGAAGGGAUUCGGUGGUGGUGGAGGAGGAGGAGGAGGCCUGGAGGGUCGAACGACCCUCGGCAGCGUUUGCGGGCCGACGAAUUUGGGGUACACGGGGACUCGAUUCGGCGUGGUGCGCGGCGCCGGCCAAUCGGCCGUCGGCACGCGCGCACCGAUCCGACGCAGUAAAGAGUUCGGCUACUUUCCCUCGAUGGGCGAUCACGAGCACCAGGGCUUCGGGUACCGGACUCAUCUGUUUCUAACGCCACCGACAGGCGGUGCCCUCGGUUCACCCCCCGAGGAACCCACCGAGAGGUUAGGUCCACCGCCUAGGAAGAACUCCGGUCCUCAUCUGAUCAAAUGGGGUGGUGGGGGAGGAGGCGGGGGCGGUGGAUCGGGACAGGGAUCCGGAGCCGGGGGACAGGCUAGAAGGAAACAAACUCAGACCGCGCAGCAAAAGGAUUCCUCGGAACCCUCGACGCCAACCGCUUCUAGACAGGUUUCCUUUAGCGGUAACCGAGCUUCCGGCGCGUACACGCCCCUGGUGGUUUCCGGAAACAGUCCUCCGCGUGGCGAACCAAUCUCCCUGGCCACCUUGGACCGCGACUGUUUCAUCAUUCCCCUCGCUUCUCUCGAACGUUUUUUACCAGCGGGAGUACCGAUUUAUUCUGACUCGUUUCAGCACGCACCAAUCGCAGACAAAAAAAAGCCAGGAAGCCCUCUGUCGGUUCUCGAAGUCGAGGACCCGAAGCAAUGUGUUCUAGCUCAUUUCAUGACACCUCUGGAGCCACUGGAUCCUGUGGUCGAAUCUCCAGUUUCUCAGCCCUUGGUCCUGCAACGGGAUACCGCGGCCGAAUUGGUCGCUGAAAUUGCACCCUCAGCUUCCCAGAGUAUUCUGCUUACGAAUAUGGAAAAAAAUGCGGAUUUUCCAUUCAUCACCUACUACUUGAUAAAUAAGCAGAAUACGGAUCCAGUAGACUUCUACAACGAGGUCCAAUGCGCUGCAUUGAGAAAGUUCGAUCCUCGAGAUCUUCGAUAUGCAGCCAGUCACACGUUGGAUCUGUUUAACGAGGUAGCUACCAUAGCGAGACCACCCCUGGAACCACCUGGUGUCAGACCACCGAUUCCGUCCACUGGCUACAUUGUCUCGAUUUUUAAGGUGUUCGAGGGCGACGACGGUCUCAAGUUUGAGCAGAACUGGCUCUACUGGACCGGUGCCCGUAUGAUGUACCGAUAUUUGCCGAAAUCGGUGGGUCUGAGACGGAUCACACUGCACAAGUCCAUGUCGCAGGGUGACAAGAUGUACCUCCUGAUCUGCGAAUGUUCACAACUGCAAGACAAUCUCUCCGCGGCGGCGAUAUUAUUGCCAGCGUUACGCGCCCGUUUAUGCGGCUACACCGGUCUCUACAGACCCUCGGUGUGCUUCUGAUUCCUCAGGAAACGCUGACCACGCGCCGACAAAGUCACAACAGUACAGCAGAACAGGAUUACUCUGUAAAGUUGUUCGUUUUCAAAGGAUGGAUUAAAUAAAAGGCUGGCCUGUGUCGAUUCGUUCACGUUGCAUUCGCGCUACGACUAGAGUUUGCGAUGUAACCUGGUUUGUAAUGAUUGUCGACUCACUAAACGCAAUAUUCUUUAGUCGAUAAGGGUUUCUUGAUCUCGAGUAUGACCAGAGGAUUGAUUUGAUCUGCGAAAGACAUAGAAAUGUAAAGGUUUAUGGUUACACGGUAACCAUGCGUAUAACGAGGGAGCUUUUCAGGGCUCGUUUCGUUCAGUCGUAAUAGCAGCCUCUGCGAUAUUGGUAGUCCGCUUUCUGUACGAUACACUUUGAUCGUUUCAUGAAUUUUCCCGGUUUUAUAAAGUCACUUAUUUUCUUAUAUCGCACCAUCUACCAUCGUGGUGUAACGAGUACCGCGUGAUUAUAACGCGCUACUCGCCACUUUACUGGAGCCGUACUGCCGACGUUAUUACGAAUCUCGCAAUUUCACGAAACGAGCCCUUCCUUUACCAGAGUUCAAUGGCCAGCCAACUGGGAGAGAACCGGAGAUCUAUUUGUCUCGUGAUCUCUGGUUGCAACGAAAUGGUAAAAAAUAUCGUUAGAGGGAGGCACGUUCGUAUACGCUUUAGAGAAAUCUCGAUGAUAAAUCUGUACGCUUCGGGCUGCACACCCGUCUAGCUACGCCUCUGGCCAGUUUGUAUUUUUCGACUUUACAUAUUUCAUCCACCGUUUUAUGCGAGCGUUCGCAACGCUCGAUAACGAGCGCAACUUGCAUGUACAUAACAUAGAGAUUUGCGAGAUACUUUUAUUACUAUAUCGACGACUAUCGAUUAAAUCGCUAACUACAUAUCAUAUACAUGUAUACUCGAAAAACUGUGAUAUUCGAACGAUUACCGCAUAUAUCACAACGAACGCAAUGAAGUGUCGCGAAUCCUUCUUGAUAAAAAAGAUACUCUUUGAAAAUGCUACACACUCUUUUUCGAGGUCAGUUAGAGAAGAAGAAUCAAACCUUGACGUGGUAGAAGCUCUUCUGGUCGAGGGCAUUUUGUAAACAUAAUCUCCAUAUAUCUUUUACUAAUUGCAUUCACACCUUUGAUAUUACAUAUCCUUGCCUGGAUUAUCGAUACUCGCGGGUUUUGAUUGCAGCUGACAUGAUUCACGAAUGAAUUAUGACUUCGAAGCUGAAACACCGAAAUCGAUCGAUAAGAUCGUCGUUUAACUUUUGAAUUUGUAUUUCAUUCGUCUUAUUAACGAUGAAAGGGUAGAUCUCCCGCGUCUUUUUCUCGUUGGGAGAAAUAAGUAGAUCGAUCGAAAGACACGGGAAAAGCUUAUAUCAGAUCUUUCUUAGGUGCCCGUAGAAAUUUUAGGAUGAGGACGAGUAGCGUGAUUCGGCAUUGUAGUACAAAAGAUGAGAAAACAAAAGAUAAAAACGUAUAGUCAAUAUACGCUUGUUGCAUACAGACAAUAGCUAGGACGAUUGCGCAGGCGCGAUCUAUUAACGUAGAUUUUUAAGGAUUCGACGGCGUAUGACUUAUUAAAAUACGUCUCUUCGUACUCGCUGAAACAAAAAUGUGGAACAAGAUGCCCUUUAAAUAUAAGACGAACGAACAAACAAACGAGAAAUAAAAAAACUCGCGAUUUUACUGUGAUCUCCACGUGUAUCGCGACUGAAACGAUACACUCGUAAAAAUACAUGUACGAUUGAACCCGGCUGAAAGACCGCGUGUGACUGCGUGUCUCGAUUAUGUGAGGUGUGAUUGGUUUUGUCUCAUUAAAGAGAAACGCCGUUAAAUAAAGAUUCUUUGUCUGCACAAGUUUGUUUAUGAGAAUACUUUUGCUCCCACGUGGGAGUAAUGCCUCUUCAGGGUAACUUUCCGAUCGUAUCAGAAAACCGAGUUCUAUCCGCGGAUCCGAUCACCAGAUUCUGACAGUUUCGUCAGACAAAAGUGAGAUUGUACGAUACAUUGAUACUUUGCGAUUAUGAUAGGGUUUAUUAUAUCGUGUACAACGAAUAAUAAUGGAAUAUUAAUAAAUCACUUCUAAUAUUA